AAUAUUUACUGGUGAGGACACAUGAUGUCUGGUAUUUACUUCAAAAUAAUACUGGGCAGCGGGUGCGACGUAGGUGCAGAAACACAGGAAACAGACUGUCCCGUGGGUCGGGUAACUGCUGAGGUCGGAUAGCGACUCUACGCGGCUUCAUCAGGUUUUUGCUAGGCUUCCUGCCAUCUUUACCAAGUUGAGACUAUCCGUGUUGUGUCAUUAACAGAGUUUAAGGAAAGCGCGUCAAGUUCACCGCGCCCUAACCUUGGACCCCGCCUGCAGGCUGACUUUCGAGCCACACGCCAGAGCACCGCGACCCCUAAGGUCGCAGCCCGGCUUCGCAAGCCACCUCCUUCUAACGCGUCGGUCGCCCUCGCGCGCCCGCGAGCAGCCGGACUACAUCUCCCAGGAGGCUGUGCGCCGUCCAGCGGACCUGCCCUUGGUAGCAAAGGACUACAUUACCCAGUGAUACCUUGCGGGAGGCGGUUGCCAGACCUCAAGCGCAAAACCAUUGGUCCAGCGUCUGGCGGGGAGCUGCACGGUGAUUGGCCCAGGAGACCGCCACUUUCGCCCGAGCUCAGUAGAGUUUUGCUGUUAAGACUGCGCGAGGUGCUGGAGAGAGCAGAGCGCGCGUAGCCGGGCCGCACCCGCCGAGCCGUCUUGAUACUGAUGGACAUUGUGUGGGCCAGAGGCAGGGAUGGUUGGCUAUGACCCCAAACCAGAUGGCAGGAAUAACACCAAGCUCCAGGUGGCAGUGGCUGGGUCUGUGUCUGGACUUGUCACUCGGGCGCUGAUCAGUCCCUUCGACGUCAUCAAGAUCCGUUUCCAGCUUCAGCAUGAGCGCCUGUCUCGAAGGGACCCCAACGCAAAGUACCAUGGCAUCUUCCAGGCCUCUAGGCAGAUUCUGCAGGAGGAGGGGCUGACAGCUUUCUGGAAGGGACACAUCCCAGCUCAGAUUCUCUCCAUAGGCUAUGGAGCUGUCCAAUUCUUAUCGUUUGAAAUGCUGACGGAGCUGGUCCACAGAGGCAGCGUGUACGACGCCCAGGAAUUCUCAGUGCAUUUUGUGUGUGGUGGCCUGGCUGCCUGUACGGCCACCCUCACUGUGCACCCCGUGGAUGUUCUGCGCACCCGCUUUGCAGCUCAGGGUGAGCCCAAGGUCUAUAAUACGCUGCGCCACGCCGUGGGGACCAUGUAUAGGAGCGAGGGCCCGCGGGUUUUCUACAAAGGGUUGGCCCCCACCUUGAUCGCCAUCUUCCCCUACGCCGGGCUGCAGUUCUCCUGCUACAGCUCCCUGAAGCACCUGUACAAGUGGGCCAUGCCAGCCGAAGGAAAGAAAAAUGAGAACCUCCAAAACCUGCUUUGUGGCAGUGGAGCUGGUGUCAUCAGCAAGACCCUGACAUAUCCACUGGACCUCUUCAAGAAGCGGCUACAGGUUGGAGGGUUCGAGCACGCCAGAGCUGCCUUUGGCCAGGUGCGCAGAUACAAGGGCCUCAUGGACUGUGCCAAGCAGGUGCUGCAAAAGGAAGGUGCCCUGGGCUUCUUCAAGGGCCUGUCCCCCAGCUUGCUGAAGGCUGCCCUCUCCACAGGCUUCAUGUUCUUCUGGUAUGAAUUCUUCUGUAAUGUCUUCCACUGCAUGAACAGGACAGCCAGCCAGCGCUGAGCGCAGGAAGGACCCCAGGUCUUUCCUGGAGGCAGCCUCCUGAAGGAAGAUUCAGUCUCCACUGAGAGGUGCUGUCUGGCCCUUCCCUGCGGGCCAGCUGCCCCCAGCAGGGUGGCAGCCUUGAACCCACCCAGCUGGGACACCACCAGAAGGUCCAGGGCUCUCCCCAUGAGAGGAUCAGAGGGAAUGCAGGACGUGGUCUACGGUGAACCAACGACACAUCGAGAAGGAGCAGGAAGUUGCUGUUUCUCCUCUGACCCCAGCCCACACUCCAAAGGAAAGAGAUGCCGUCCUACACCUGUCAGCCCUGUCUGCCCGGAGAACAGAACGCUCCUGGUCUGGAUGGGGCUGCUGCUUGAGUGCAGAGGGCUGCAGUAGGCCCUUUACAGGAGUCAGGUCCCCACACUCGGCCUGUUUUUCCCAACCUAUUUAACAGACAUUAAAGCUAAACGCACA